AUGCUAAACAAACAAUUAUUUCCUUUGCUUCUCAUCUGCGUCGUGGUGGCUACAGCCACCACGACAGCAGCAUCUACUACAGCUGUCAUGUGCAACUUGGUAUAUAGUAGCCUCAAAUCAUGUCUUGGCUACGUAUUAGGUGGUGGACUAAGUACUGUGCCAUCAAAGUGUUGUAGUGGAAUUAAAUUUGUCCUCAACGCUACACGUACAACAGCUGACCGUCAGAACCUUUGCAAAUGCAUAAAGAGUAUUGCUUCAAGCUCUAUUACAGUUCCAAUCAGUCGUCUUGCUAAACUCCCUGGAAUGUGUAUGGCCAAUGUUCCUUUCAAAAUUUGUCCAAAUGCUGACUGCUCUAAGAUCAAAUAA